AUGCUGGCCACAUUCGACACCGUUAUGCAGGAACAUAUGAAAAGAAUAAAAAAUAAGGACAUUUUCCAACAUUAUUUGGGGAAAGACAUUCAAAACGAACUCAUCAGCCUUAUAGCGAAAGAAAUCACAAAACACAUUCUGCAGUUGUUGAAAAAUGCAAAGUAUUAUUCUAUAAUACUUGAUUGCACACCAGACAUUACUUUAAUUGAACAAAUGACUAUAAUUGUUCGAUUUGUGUCCAUCAAGGAAGGCGAGUCUCCAACUGCUGAACCAGAUAUCUGUAUAGAUGAAAAAAUUCUAGGUUUUAUCCAAAUCCAAAGUUCAACUGGACAAGGUUUAACUGAGGCAAUUUUGUCUGAACUUGAAAAACUUAAGAUCCCAGUUGGUGAUAUGAGAGGACAAGGAUACGAUAAUGGAUCCAAUAUGAAGGGCAAACACCAAGGUGUUCAGAAAAGAAUCCUGGAUUUAAACUCGCAUGCCUUUUAUAUUCCCUGCAGCGCUAAUACAUUAAAUCUAGUUGUGAAUGAUGCAGCCAUGUCAUGCAGGGAUGUUGCAACCUUCUUUUCUAUUGUGCAGAAAAUCUAUGUGUUUUUGUCAGGAUCCACAGUUCGGUGGAAUGUCUUGAAGAAGCACAUUGGCAGACUUACGCUUAAACCUUUGCCUGACACCAGAUGGUCUUCAAGAAUAGAUGCUAUUCGUCCAUUUAGGUUCCUGGUUGGAGAAAUUUUUGAUGCUCUCUCUGAAAUUUCGAGAGAGAACUCUCACACGGCAAUGGCACAGUCUGAUGCUGAAUCUCUUUCAAAAGAACUGAAUAACUUUAAAUUUUUGUGUCUUAUUGUGUUGUGGUACAACAUCUUAAAUAGAAUAAACUUUGUUAGCACACUUCUCCAAAGUAGAAGUAUGUAUCUUCCAGAUGUUAUAGAUAUUCUGGAAUCCACAACCACUUAUUUGAAGAAUUAUCGUUCUGAUAAAGGGUUUGAAGAUUUACUGGAAGAGGCAAAAGACCUAUCAUUAGAAAUGGAAAUAGAUCCUGUGUUUCCUCCUUUUGUGUGA